AUCAACCUGGAUAUAUCGGAGAACAAGUUAACAAUGCGAUUGACCAUUCAGUUCGAUCUAUGCCACCUUCUUCCUAUAGAAUGUUACAUUUAAUCGUUCAUGCCUUAAUUGGAUCUUCUGCGCACUCUCCGACAACAUUAAAUUUCUUACGAAGACAUAACCAAACAGCAAAUAACACUGAACAAUAUUGUCUGGGCCAUAUUAUUACUGAUUGGACAGUUCUUAGACAAAUUCUUAACUGCUCAGAUGAACACUUGGCAUUGCUGUUUCAUUCAUUACUUACAAUUAUGACACAAACACCACCGCCUGCGUCAAUACUAAGGACAUCAGCUGACCGUGACAAUUGGGAAACGCAAUUUACUCGAAAUUACGUUUCUCCAUUAAUUAGGAGUGUUACUGAAACUGUAACAAACUUUAGCACAGCAUUAGCCGCUGCAUCUGCAGGUCAAGGCAAUAAUGCCAAUAUUAUCGAAUCGGAAAUUGAUCAAACUAGAGCGAUAGAUGAAGAAUAUCGAAUUUCGAAAUUACCACGACUUUGGCGUAAAAUUGACUUAGUUACUUUUAAUAGUUUCCGUGCUUAUUAUAAUGGAGACCUAGCGCAAUAUCAAGCAAAAUAUCCAUUUCUUGCGGUAUUUUUCAAAUAUUCUGAACGAUUAGAAAUCAUUAAGAACCUUUGGCCAAUUGUACAAUUCGUACAAAUCUUGUCUUCGCGUCUUUCUUAUCGAAUCAGCAGAAAAGUUGCUGAAAAGAUGACCUUUGACGAAUUCAUUGAUAGGGAAGCGGACAAAGCUGAUUUAAAUAAAAUGUAUAAAAAAUUUGAGGAAUCUUGGAAUAUCGUUAUCGAAAAGGUUGAUAGAUACCAAUGUCAUGAAUUAAGUGAAAAACCAGAAAUGAAUCGUACUAGGCCUAUUAUUAUGGGAUUAAUAGAAGAAAAAGAUUUGAGUCUUUAUCUCUGUGCAAUUUUAGAAUAUUUGAUUGGCUUACAAAACAAUUUCUUGCAAGAUGUUAUGACUAUCCCCCCUGGUUCUUGUAAAGCACUUAGAUUUUUAGAACAAACGUCAUUUGAUGCAGAAGAGGGAACUUCUACUGUAACAUCAACUAGUCAAUAUUCCGUUCGCUCAUUAACACUUAAUCAAGCUCAUUUUGAUAACAUUAUUUCAUAUAACCAAGAUGAAUUUAGGGGAAUUCAUAUGUUCAGCCAAAGAAAUUUAGGAGUUGGACGUGGUCUUGACAUUAUUUAUGAUUUACAAAAAAUAGAAGUUGAACUUGCACGGCAACUUGUAUUUGAAAAGGUUUAUAUAGAUACAGUAGGCGAAACUUCAUUAUACAUGCAACCUUUUUCAUAUCAUAUGGAACUAAUUCAAGUAUCCAUUCGUAUUCUUGGAGAUAUACAAGAACUAAUUCCCCAAGAACCUAUUCCAACUGAACUAGCAGAAUCGUUAACAGGAUCUUCGGUAAACAUGCCAUAUUCUUUCCAACCAAACAGUAUGGAUACAUCGUUUGAUAAUCCAUCAGAAAUUCUUUCAUCCUUGGAAAUUCUGCUAUGCUUUAUUAAAAGGACACCCGGUGGCAAUGGUGAAAGUUUUAUAAAAGAUUAUGUAAACCAAUGGUCAACACUUUCUGGACUUAGCGAAAAUCAUGAAUUUCGUAGUUUGCUAAACAAACCCUUGAGACUUAAGCACAUAAUUUCCUUAUAUGAAUUAAUAGAGGGACUAGUAGCAAAUUUAACAAUUGAAUAUACUCAUGAAAAAUACAAGGAAGAGCUCACUCCUAAACAGCGAGAAGAAAUAGACAAUAUUAUAGAUUUUGAAGUUAAACAACCUGCAUCAAUUGUUGAUAGAAAAAUAAUGAAAUUCUCUGCUGAAGUUUUUGCUACAGCUCUUAGAAGAUUUAUUUAUAGAUUUUUACAAGGCGAAAAACAAAAAGAGACCGAACAACUUGUGCUUUACGUUUGUGAACCAUCACUUCACUUUUGGCCAUCUAUAAUUUCUGAAACAGAAAAUUUUGAUGAAUUAUUCCCAGGAAGCUUGUUAGUUAAUCAAGCAUUUGAAGCCUACAAAUAUGUUAUUGAACAGAUUGAGCAUCAUAAACAAAUGGCAUCCUUACGAGAACAACAAAUACAAAACAGUCUAAAUCCAGAGGCUACAAGAUUACCCCCAGCUGUUCCAGCAGCUCAAAGAGGACCAUCUACAAGGAGAAGACAGAGACAAUAUAAUGAUGUACUUUAA